GGUCCCUCCAGGCCACAGGUCCACGCCUGCCCGGACUGACUGCAGCAGCCCCAGAAGGCUGGACACUGCAAGAGUGCUGACUUGUGGGAGUGACAGGGGACUCAAGAGUGGGACAACUUUUAGCUUCAGCCCCAGCAGGAGACACCCUUCCUCCUCCCUCCACGUGCCAGCCCCCAGAGGCUCCCAGAGACAACAUGGCAAGUCCCCGUCUCUCACCCCUGCUGAUCCUGCUACUGUCCUUAGCCCUGGGAGCUGCUGGACAAGGAGCCAACAACAACAAUGGGGAAAAUAUUGUUAAUGGAUCUCCAUGUCCAAGGAGCUCCCAGCCCUGGCAGGUGGCCCUGUUGCAUGACAGUGAGUUCCAUUGUUCAGGCGUGCUAGUCAGCGAGCAGUGGGUGCUCACGGUCGCCCAGUGCAACAGGAGUGAGUACACCGUGCACAUGGGCAGCGAUCUUCUGGAUGAUAAGAACGCAGUGAGGAUCAGGGCCACAGAGUCAUUCAUUCACCCCCGGUUCCACAGUCAGAAGUACAUUCAUGAUUUCAUGCUCGUGAAGCUGAGCAGCCCAGCCCCACUGUCAGAGACUGUGAGGAAGGUCACACUGCCCUCCCGCUGCAGACGCCCUGGGGCCCACUGUACCUUUUCUGGCUGGGACAACAUGGACACGAACCUAGUGACGCAGCCAUCAGCACUCCAGUGCUCCAAUGUCACCCUCAUCUCCCACAAGGACUGCGGGAAGCUGCACAGUAUCCGGCCAAAGACACACAUGAUGUGUACAACUGCCCCUGCCGGAACCUUCGCCUACAGAGGUGACUCAGGGAGUCCACUGAUGUGUGGAGGCUCCCUGCAAGGCCUGGUGUCCCGUGGAUAUGUUCCUUCUACAGAACCACCUGACCCAGUCGUCUACACCCCCCUAUACUGGAACCACAAGUGGAUACAUGAAAUCAUAGAAGGAAAUUCCUAAUUUCUCCACACUCCCAU